AAGAACCCUUGCCCGCCUCCCAUCCUGUAUGUGUGGCAGAGCUAGCCACUUCAUUUGUUGAAGUAGACAGACAGUUGUGUACCUUAUGAUCUCACUUAAUCGCUCUGAUAAAUCACAUCGAACCCUGUACUGCGGAUUCGUGAUAUUGCUUAUUCCUUGGAGUUUUCGAUUGAAUAAACGAUUGUAUUUCGGGGCUCAGAGAGUUCGUGGAUCCUGAAAAACCCCAGAACGUGACGAAUUUUGACAUCCCUCUUGUGCAGAAAUGGAAUGCUGCAAUGGAUUUUAAACACAAGCCGCUGCGCUUUCCAGUUCGAGAUGAAUGAAAGAAAAAUCAAUUUUGCAGCAAAAUAGACUAUCGGUUGAAAGUGUUCGCUUGUAGGCUACACUACUUUGUGUUUUUCUUUCGUUCCACCUGCCACCUCGGUCUUCUCUUGGAUUGUGGAUAAUCAAAAACCUUCAAGACGGACGGGGUGGUGGAGCAUCGAGGAAAAAACCGGGGCAAAAUGAGGGAGCGGGACUUCAUGCCCAACGUGGAGCGGGGCAAACCUGCUACAUAUACCGGAGACAAAAAGGCUAAGAUGGCUGCGAAGACGAACAAAAAGUGGGUGAGACUUGCCACCGUUUUCGCUUAUGUGCUGUCCGUAUCUUUAGCUGCUAUCAUAUUGGCCAUUUACUACAGCUUAAUAUGGAAACCUACGUCCGCUUCCUCUUCGGCUGGAAGACCAGAGGGGCCGGAGGAAGUCACUGUAGCAGCUAACUUCUCAACCAACAUAACCUACACUAAUGUCACGGACGCCAAUUCCACUCAAACAAACCUUUACCUGGUGAACGACACGAUUUCGCAGGGGUCAGCGGCAAACCUGCGAGCCGAGCCUCAGAUCAAAGUAUUUCACUGGGAGGAUGAGAACAAGAGUCCUAGUCUCGUUUCAGACGACAUUUUAUCAGGCAGUGCGCCUACGGGACGGUACUCAACUGCAAACAACGAUAAAGCCGCAGAACCCGCACGUCAGGUAACUCUGGAUAAAGGUAGCAUAUCUCCCAGACCUGCAGAUGGUACAAUAAAUAACCAAAGCCCCACGGCGCGCUCUCGAACCACCGAGUCAAUACUUGAUAAGAGGGAAAAGAGAGAAGCGUCCAGGCUGGUCACUGGAAGUGGAAUACAAUUUCAUCCCCUCGAAGGACCCGCGGAUGAUACUCCGUGGGAUCUUAAACCUCCAUCAAAGGCCCAAGCUGCUACUACCACAAACCCACUAGGACUACAAAGAGGAACUGCCAGUGACCAGGCCCAACAGGGCUCGCAGAGUAGAAACCAGGAGGAUUUGGCAGAAACUUUGGCAGAAGAGACGGAUAUAAUAUAGAGGUAUUCUCCUUUGAGGAACUUAUUUCUUAUGAUAACUCAAAUGGACACAGAAGAUGCUGUGAAAAUGUGACGGGCAUCAAAACGCACGUAAUUUCUUGAUAUGGCAUAUAAAGUACAAUUCAAAUUAUGUAUGGCAGUUAUACAAUUAUAAAUACAUAUACAUGCUAUGAACAUGACCAUUAUUUUUAUGAGCGACUAUAUUUUGUGUUAUGACUUAAAUCAUAUUUGUUAUGUUCUGAAAAGCUGGCGUCAAGGACGUAUUUGACAUUAAUUUACGCUUCUAUUUUAUUAUUUUAACAUAUAAAUGUAUACAUAUAAAUAUAUACAAACGAAGAACGAUUUUUUGAAUUAGAACAUGUAAAUUUCCAUCGCCUUUCAACGGAGAAUGAGCCAUGCAACGAGAGAGCGCUGUUACCAUGUAAGGAAAGGCUUUUAUAUUAUGGAUCGUCAGAAUAUACUAUUUAACUAUACUAAUUAAUAAGGAUUCAUGGCGUAGAGGAAUCCGCAUUGAGUUACGCUCAGGUAUGUCCAUAUUAACCAUGUAAAUGUAUUGUAUUUGGUAUUGUACAUAGGGCAGAAGUACAUGCUCCGGCCUGGAUGAAGUUUAGCAAGAUAAGACACUUUUUAUGAAAACUAUGUACAAUAGACAUAUAUUGCGCAGAAAAUAAACGUCCUUGUAAAAAUGCAUUGUUGCUUAGGUUUUGUAAGAAAUAAAAUGCAAUGCUUGUUUAUGAUAGAAACAAUUUUAAUAUUAAACGCAAUAUUAUUUUGAUUGGUGCGAUUUUUAAAAUUCAUUACACAUAACUGGAUUUUGGCGGAAAUCCAAUAUUGUUCUAAGUUGUGUGCUUUUAGAGAAAGUGGGGCUAGUGCCAAUUUGACAAUUCAUCGUCAAUACAGACACUGUAGUGCAGAUUUGAAAGCAUUUGUUUAAUCAAAGUUUAGUAGUGACGUCAGAAGUUAUAGCGAUCAAUAGAGUUUAAAUCGUUACUAUUUACUACACAAAAAUAGUUUAGUGUUGGCACUGUCGUUCAAAUAGAAUCCUGAAAAGAACAUGAUGGUCUUUGAUCGAUUGUUUACGUUGUAACAACUGAUAUGAGAGAAGGCGUUGCCAAUAGUGAUGCUCUAAAUCAAGAGGAAAUAGUUUCCAUGUAGGCUUGUGCAAGGGAUGCUGUAUCUGUAUCACUGCAUUUGCAAACAAACAAUGCAGCUAUAUUUUCAGAAGAGAUUUAAAUAUGUGUUUUUAAAGAUGAUGCUGUUAACAUUAUAAUUAUACUACAAAUAUAAAAUAAAACACUAUUUUCCCAUCCA